AUGGUGGCGCAAUGUAAUCAAAGCUCUCCACGGCAUCCAGUGGAAGCGAAACUCAGCUAUUACAUCUGGGCAUAUAAAACUCAUCUCAUUUAUGGUGACGAACUACUUAACGUGCUAACGAUUCUGAUAUUAUUCAGAGGAAAGUGUUGUCUCUCCAAAUGUAUCAACCGUUACCUGUUGGGCAUGGCAAUGGCCGAUCUGCUCGUCAUCAUCACUGAUCCUAUCUUAAGAGGCAUAUUUCCAAGAUACUUCCCAGGUUCAUUUAUGGACAUUACUCCCGUUUGCUCCCUCAACAACUUCCUGGUUUUUGCAGCCACGACUGUUUCUGUAUGGCUAACAGUGGUGUUCACCUUUGAUCGUUUCGUGGCAAUUUGUUGCGGGAAGCUGAAAACAAAAUAUUGUACCCCGAAAACGGCAGCUGUGGUUCUAGCAACAGUGACUGUGCUAUGCUCCUUAGAGUGUACCCCUUGGUACUUCACCUCUGAACCUGUAUUUAUAAUUGAUAACGUUCCCUGGUAUUGUACCCGUAAAUCUAGCUUCAUUAACUCUCCUGCUUGGGCAGCAUAUGAGUUGUUUCACCGAAUUUUGUCUCCUUGUGUCCCAUUUAUUCUAAUUUGCAUUCUCAACCUUCUGACUGUCAGAUGUAUUUUAGUGACCAGCAGAGUCCGCAGGGGUCUCCAGAGCCUCAGCAGUGGAGAGAACCGCAAGGAUCCAGAGAUGGAUCAGAGAAGAAAAGCUAUCAUUUUACUGUUCAGCAUAACAGGCAGUUUUUUAAUGUUAUGGGUGACACAGGUUGUAAUGACCGCUUAUCAACGAAUUACAGAACAAUAUGUCUUUCGUGCCACUGACCCCCUUUAUAUCACAGAAAGUACAGCAAUGAUGUUGCAGCUUCUCAGUACCUGCACCAACACGUGUAUUUACGCUGUGACACAGGCGAAAUUCAGAGAGGAGUUUAAGAACCUGUUGAUAUACCCAUUCAAACUGCUUGUUAGAUUAUUAAAAUACUUCAGCGAGAAGAUGGAUUUCAAGAACGAGAAAUAA